AUGUUCACAAAUGAUUUAUUAAAAAAAAAUAUAUAUAAUAUUAAAAAUGAUAUUUUUUUAUUAACAUACCUGUGUUUAUUUUAUUAGUAGUAAGUGUACUGUAGGUAUAUUCAUAAAAACGAUCAUCAGCCUCCAUGUACAAUAAUAUCAUAAAGUAGCAAUGUAUUUAUAGAUAUCUUCGUAUUUUUUUAACUCCGAUAUUAGAGAGAAUAUAAGAAAGUAAAUAUGCAUAUGAUUCUGACUACAUAUUCUUCUUAUACUAGCUGUUUUAGUUUUGACGCGUCUUCGCUCUCGUAUAUAAUAAAGGUCUCUCCGAAGGCUAUUGAAUUCACAGACAAUGUGUCUGAACCGUCGAGUGCACGCCGAUGCUGCCCUUGUCCAGAAUCCGGUGAAGUUGGGCAAUCUUACGGCAGUCCUCGCACAUCUGCUACCAAUCAAGAGCUAUUUCGCAACGGUUUUCGUUCGAUGGCACCAGCAGACCAGGAACCAUUUGGCACGUCUAUGUCCGAUGCUCGUGCGGCUCAGGGUUUUGUGGACGACUGUCCGUGCAGGUUUCGAGACGCUGAUUCCACGGGGUCGCCAUCGAUGUUCCUUCCGACAGCAAUGCGUGCUAUACGGCCUUACGUAAAUUCAGAUGCUGAGAAGGACGAAUCUAAACGACUUCUUCAUCCAGAAGUAGAUCUUGCUUCCUCAGUGUUAGAAACAUUACGUGAAGCAACAGAUGAAGAAUAUCAAGAUGCAUUAGCGAGAGAUGCUGCUCGUAGUGUGGGCAGGGCAGAAAAACCAGAUAUAUUUAUCGAAAAUGGUAACAAAUUGUUGCCUGUCAUAGUAAGUCCUAAGCAAGCAUUAAUUGAUCACGAUGGAGAGACUGAUAAAGGAGAAGUCUCAUUAUUGGAGAGGCUUGGCUCUAAAAGGAUCCCAUCACUAAAUGCACCGAAUCUUCUAAAAGAUAUUCUGAAACUUCCACCGAAAAGAUUAAUAACACAAAAAAAUUUAGUAGAUAUGGAUAGCAACGUUGGUGCAAGCAAUAUAAAUGAGAAGUUAAUUCCUAUAUCUCCUGAAAACAAAUUAGAUCUUAAGCCAAAAGCCGAUCUAUUAAACAUUUUUUCAGAAAACACCAAUUUAAAGAAGAGUAAUGUAAAUGUACCAACAUUAGAUGAAGUUUUAGAUAAUAUUAAAGAAACCUUUUCUUAUAAUUCUAGGCAAAAAACUAAUAACGUUGAUGGUAGAAUAGGUAGCAAAGACGUGCUAUCUAAAAUUUUAGGUACUAUACCAAAACUUAAUACUGAUGUACACAGUAGUAUGGAUAAUCUGUCGAACACGGAAAACGAACAUUCACCAAGCAAUGUAAUAGAACAUUAUUCACAUGUGAGUGAUGAUAAACUAAACAAAGAAUCUGAGAAAUAUACAACAAAUAUUGAUACCAAUGAAGAGAUUGAUAUAACUCCACCAUUACUUGAUAUAAAAAAGCUUCAAAUUCCGGCGAUAAAAUUAAAAUCUGAAAAACGCGAAUCAGUCAACGACUUGUUAAAUGAUGUGAUAAAGAACUUAGAAAAUACCAGAAAAUUUCUCCCUCCUAAUUUAUUUAGUAUGCCAAGAAAAUUAACAAUUGAAGAGGAUUCCGAUAUGAAAAACAAAGAUGUAGAAGAUAUAGAGUCAAUGCCAAAUAAAGGGAAAACGAUUUAUACCGAAAUAAUUGAUACGGUACCAAGUUCAUCUUCAAUAAAAGUCGCUGAAGAAGACCCUAAUUCAUGUUUAAGUAAUGUCCUCGAUGAAAAUCAAAACGCAAAUAAUGUCUUAACAGAUCCAAAUAUCAAAACUGAAAUUUUAGAUUCUUUACCAAGCAGAACAGAAAUAAAUGAAAUCAAAGAAGUUAAUUCAGAAGAAACUGAAUUGGAUUCAAUAAAUCCAAAAGAUGAAUCCUCAUUUGACAAUAAUUCACUAAAUACAAAUAAUUUUAUAAAUACAAAUGCAGAUUCAAAAGAAGAUAACUUGAAUACGAGUAGUGGCGAAACUAUUGAAGGUGAGGAUUUUCAACCAGAUGGUGAAAAUUCAAUAGGAGACCAAAAUUUAAGCAAUGAAAGCUCUGAUAUUUCUGUACUCGACAAACAAGCUAGUUUUGCUCCGAACUCACACGGUGCAGAUUCACAAGAUUUUGAAGAAUCCCUCUUAUCAUCAGAAUCUGAAGAUGUUGUCAAAAAUCAACCUGAAAAUAAUGAAACUGAAAAGUUUAAGUCUGAUUUGAAUAAAAACAUAAAAGAUACAAAGUUAUUCCCACUUAGAAAAAAAUUUUUGAAACGAUUACAGCAGAUUUUACCGAAAGAUACUUCUCAACAAUCGCCUGGUGUACAAGAAGUCAAAGAUGCCUCUAGUGAUUUAAGUAUUGACGAUCUUCAACAGAUGUCAAAUUCACUACUCGAAACAGAGAAAGUUUUGAUCAACGCUUUGGCUGAACAAAAUAGUAAAACAAGAGAAUUAAAAUCUGAUAUCAACGAAAAGGAUACUAAAAAUGCAAACAACAUGAUGACAGUGUCAGAUGAUGAUUUGGAUCCCAAAGAAACUCAUAUUUUGGGGACAAAUAGUGUAAAUCAAAUGACAAGUGAAAGCAAAAAUGAAUGCUUAACUGAUAUAUUAAAACAAAAGAAAAAUUCAGAAAUACAAAUUGAUGUUACGAAAGCAAAUGAAAUGAUGUCGGAAGCCAGUGAACCAGCGAGUAGUGCUAUGAUACCUAAUCCUAUAGUGAAAUCAUUAUUAUCACCUCAAGUUGUGCAGCCCCUACCAUCUUUGUUAGAUGGUCUGGAUAAUUUAUUUAACACACCAACUGUAAAUUUCCCUGAAUUAUUCAAGAAUCCUUUACCACUAUAUAAUAAACCAAAUAUUUUGACAAAUAAGAAUAAAAAUGAAAGAAAUUAUAUAGCAUCCAAUGGAAACUUAGAUAUGUCCACUCUUGCUAGCACAUCCAAUUCAAGGUCCUUACUACCAACAAUUAAGCCUCUAGAAGAUAUAAACUUGGAUAUACUUCAAUUGAAACCUCUUGCGCUAUCUGAAAAUUCUUUGCCGAUAUUACCUAGAUUGAACUUAAAUUCCUAUAAGGCUAAAUUACCUGUGCCAAAUGCUUUAUCUUUAAAACCUGUAAUGUUAGAAUCAUCGGUAAGAAAUGAUAAAGGUUUGAUCGGUGCUGCGCUGAGUUUUGGCAAAGACAACGAGGGAAUCGGUCUUAUGCCUAGUACUCGAAAUACAGUACCUGAUAUCCUCGGGAAUCCAAUAAUAUUACCAAAUUUUGAUGAGUUACAUGAGCAUAUUUUGGAGAAUGCUCAAAAUUUAUUAAGUACACCAUUAGAAACAACGGGUAGGAAUAUUAUUGAAGAUACAUUGCGUUCUGGUCAAGUGCUUUCAGAAAAUAUAAAGGUGCAGUCUAAAAAUGCUCUAAACGAUCUUCACAAAAAUUUCAAAACUACUCUUAAAGGAGUUGGGCUGUCUGGUAACAGUAUUUUAGGAGAUCCUCUGACAAAUACUAAUUUGCUUGAAGAAAUAUCGAGACAACAUGAAGAUUUUGGUGACAAAUUAAAGGGUAUUCGUUACGAUUUUUCAGAUAGGCUUGAAACAUUACGUAACAAUAUAUUUGAUCACAUACCAAACCUGGGAUCUCCAGUGGCUAGGCAAAGUAGCAACACAAAGACCAAACAAAAACCUUUACAGUUAUCAAAAAGAACUAAAAAUACCCGACCGUCAGCUCGAAACAAGAAUGCACCAAAGCGAGCAAAAAGUAUUACUUCCGCUUCAAGUAUAGCAUCUCCUAAGUUUGCUGAAAACCCUGUGUCAAAAAUAAAAUCACCUAAUUUAAAAUUACCUCAAAAGAAUAGCAUAAAAAUUCCACACCUCAAUUUAAAUAAUAAACCUCUUUUAGACAUUUUUCAAAAACCUCUAACUCCUUCAACACGUAAACCGUUCUUACAAACAAAGUUAAAGGAAAAUAAAGUGAAGAUAACUUUUGAGACUACACCUAGACCAAAUUUUAAAACAAAUCCAUCGCUUGCGAAAAUCCCAAAAUUUAAAAGUAAGCUAUUACUACCAAACAAAAAUGAUCUAAGAAAAAAAUCUACGUUGAAAUCAAUGAGUGAUGCUAAUGAAUCGCCAAGUGAGUUAAACUAUACACACGUGAAACCUCCUCUGAGAAUACCGAUACGAUCAAAACCGGCAGCAAAGUCAGUUAAAGAUGUAAGUGAAAUUGUCCCCUCAAUAUUAAAAUCAAAACCAUCUUCUAAUUCCAAAUUUAGAAAAUCGAAAUUAAAUAAUUCCUUUGAUGCAGUAUCGUUAACAUCAUCCGAAGAGCCAGUUAAUCAAAGAACUCCUUUAGUACCAUCAAAUGUAAAACUAGGGGUUGACAGUAACUCUAAGAAAGUAAAUGUCGGUACUCCAAAAUCUUCUUCAUGGCCGCGAAUCGUAGACGAUUCUUUCUUGACAAAAGUAAGGGAAGCAUUGAAAGCUAGAUUAGCUGGACUAGGAUCUGCAGCUGCGCAGCAAAAAUCAAGAUCUACAAUAGAUUCAGGGUCCGAUAUGGCAAAAUCUGCUUCAAAUAACCAAGAGCUCUCGACAAAUUUAAAACCAAUGAAAGAAAAUACUUCUUAUUCCUGUAAAAUGGUUUGUACAAAAACUUGA